AACAAUUUCGAACGGCUCAAUAGCUGGGAAGGUGCAGUUUCAAACUCCUCACUGCCUAUUCUUAAAAAAGUAGUUCCCGGAGACCGAACUCAUAAUAUUCGUUCGACGGCUCCGAGGGACGAGAAUCUCGGCGUGGCAGCUGAGAUUCAGAAAAGGCAUUUUCGUGUCGGAGAGGCACAAAAUGUUGAAACUCGCGAUCUUAGCGAUCUGGAUAACUGGAGCGAUUUGCUCAGAGGGAGAGUCCCAGCUUCAGGCUCUUCCCAAACUACCGACUCCGACAAACGUGCGGAUUGCGAAGGAUUCCGACAAAAGCGUGAUAAUACGAUGGAAUUUCGAGAAACCCUCAAACGUCUCCCUGCUAAAAGUGAAAUUCUCCAUCGAGCUCGCAAGUGACGGACUACGCACUGAAUCUUUCUUCCGGAUCUUCCGAGUUGAGCCGUACGUUUAUCGCGUGCACGACCUCGUGCCUGCGACGAAGUACGCUCUGACCCUGAAAGCCUCGAGUCCCGCUUGGCAGGAUAGUGAUAAUGCCGGAAUUUCAUUCGUCACUCUGGAAACGGAUUAUGCAACGCCACUGAUUUCGUUCAUCGCACCCACGAAAGACGAAGCGGUCGCCGAAUACUUGCUGAUCUGGAGCAUGCCAAGGAAGAUGCAGUGGCUGCAUCACUACGAUAUCGAAAUUUGUGAAGGGAGACGUCCGUGUCUCAAAAUCAGUCGCGGUCCCGAGGACUCGACCGCUAACAUACCCAUCGAGUACGACAUAAAUUUCUCGGUGAAAGUAAUCGCAGUCUACUUCGUUCCCGACACGCAAGUCAUCGAGCGGCCCAGCAAACUUUACGUCGGUGAUUCCGGACCGAUACCACCUCUCUGGAUCCUCAAGAAUAUCCGCGGCGAGCAGGAUGGAAACCGCGUCAGACUCCCAUGGAUCCCAUUGCGACCGCAAACGGGAAUGUUCGCCUACUACGAUGUUCUUGUGCGCGAACCUGCGGUGAAGAAGUUCCCCGAUCGUCUUCAAUCCCGUCCCCGCCUCAAAGACAAUUCCGUUUACGAGUUCCGCAGUAUACCGAAGGAAAUCGACCCCGAAAUAUUUCUCACAGGGGACACCCAUCAUUGGACGGAGGAGCAGUGCAGACCUCGUCGGGGUCCACUCCUCGUGGUCAUGAAUAGAACCGAAAGCGGAGUCCACUUCAGAAUCAUUUUCCGACAGUUAUCCAUGACCUUCGGACCUCCAGAGGACUCGGAUACCUCCCUGAGGUUCCUCUCCCUCGGAUCGGCCGCUGAGGCUUUCGGCCUGACGGCUUACGAGUAUCUCCGUUACCGCAUACGCGUAUGCGUGAGCAGCAUAUUAUCCCCGGAAGACUCUUGCGGGAAUCGCACUGAAUUCAAGACUUUCUCCUACGUUACAAAACCAUCGCCUGUCCGGAAUCUCGCGGUGCACCCUUCGACAAACGGCACGUUGAUAAUGAUCACUUGGAAGAGACCCGUCAAUCCCAACGGGCCCGUCAGCGGCUACAAGCUCCUUGUCCAAACGUCAUUAGACGACAACAUCGAAGAAACGUACGAAAAGCAUCUCCCGAGAUCGGCGCGGUCUUUCACCCUCGAGCGCUCCGAUCCACGGAAAACGUAUAAAAUCGCAGUAUCCGCAUUCAACCUGGAUCUGGACGAUCCUGAGAUAAAACUGCAUGGAAACAUGGUCUACGUGGUUUUCCCGGACUCGGGUUCGGGAGAAUCCUUCUAUGUCGUACUUGUACCAAUCUGCGGCAUGGCCCUCCUUUUCCUGGCGUUCCUCUUCUUCGGCAGACUCGCGCGAGAGAACAGAGUGGCGCCAGAUGUGCACUUCGAGCUCCACGGCAGACCUGCCUUCGGAGUCAACCGCGGAGCUCAAAUCUGAGUUGUAUCUUCGAGUCAAGCCGUGAUUUGGGCUUUCGGGAGGCAUCAGCCCGAAUUCCAUGACAGAUCUCCUACAAAGACAUCCAUGUCUCUUCUCUGAGAACACUGCCCCGGAGCGAAAUGACACGUCUCUGCUUUAGAUUGUCGCAAUCUGCACGCCGUGAAGUCUCGGCAGAGAUCCAACUUUAAACCUCGAUUCUAUUGAUUCCUAUUUAAGUGAUUU